AUGGGAACCCUCAAGUUCAUUGGUGACACUGAAUUUGCUCCAGGCAAGUGGAUAGGUGUGGCAUUAGAUCACCCACAAGCAGUUGAUGAUGUCAUAAAUUCCUUUAGUCAUUGGGCAAGUAGUUUGAUAGCAAUGAUGAGAGAAGCAGUGCUAGUCUUUGUUUUAUGUGUUCUGUCACUAUCAGUUGCUCAGGAUUGUCCUCUACCAACAAUAGCUCAGUUAGAGGCUGUAUUGCCUCCUUUACUAGUCAUUAUUGAUGGUAACCAAGUGUACUCUCCUAAUGUAACUGAAGGAUCAGUUCAAUAUGUCUGUCUAGCUCAAGGGGACAUGAUUGAUACUUAUAAAGCCAUAGCUCUUAUAGCUACAUUCACUCCUAACCCAGGAGAACCUGAACAAACUAUGAUAUUUGAUAUUGAGUGUAGCAGUGGUACGUGGAGUGGAAGGACUGGUAGUUUAGAUCCUCCUCCUCCCAGUGUUGUUGGUGUUCCUCCAAGAACUGAUUGUUAUCGGUGUCGGGAAGGUUUUGGUGGUGAUACUAGAUGUAGAACAUGUGACAGUGCUUGUAAUUCUGGACUGAUGAGGUGUACUGGAUCAGGCUCUGGUGAUUGUUGUUUAUCAUUUGCUGCUAGUGGUCAGUGUGAUGGUAGCACUGACUGUACAUCAUCAGGUCCUAACUAUGUUGCUACUGAGAGUAAUAACUUCACUUGCACUUGCAAUUUAACCUGUCCUGAUGCUUAUAUUGUUAAUUCUAAUUGUACUGACUGUGAUUUCCCUAGUAUUUGUGAUAGAGACAGUCCAUGUAUGAAUGGAGGACAGUGUAUACAGUAUUCACCAGCUAUCAACUACACUUGUGAUUGUGCUGGCUCAUAUACUGGAUAUAAUUGCUCAGACUGUGGUCUAUCCUGUCCUGGUGGUUAUACUGUUAAUUCUAAUUGUACUGACUGUGAUUUCACUAGUAUCUGUGAUAGAGACACUCCAUGUAUGAAUGGAGGGCAGUGUAUACAGUAUUCACCUCCUGAUAAUUAUACUUGUAAUUGUACUGGCACUGGAUACCAGGGAGUCAACUGUACUGACUUGAUUCUUUUCCUCUCUUUACAUCUCACAAGUUCAAUUCUCUCUUCGUCUACUUUUUCCUUUUUCUCCUCCACAUAUGUGGUAUCUUCAACUCCUACUUCCUCUUCAUAUUUCUCUUCCUCAUUUGUGUUUACUUCAUCUGCUAUUUCCUCUCCUUGUCCAUGCACCUAUCUUGUUGCUAAUUGUAGCAUGGAAACUAUAGCUAGUAGUGAUCGUGGUACAUUUGAAUGGCCAGAGACAAUGCCAGACAGCACAGUUAAUAUAUCAUGUCCUAAUGGUCCUAGUGGUGCUUCUGCUAAUAGAACAUGCACUAAUAAUAAUACUUGGGAAUCACCUGGCAUAGAAUCCUGUGCAACUACUGUGAUAUCUAAUCAAUUUAGAAAUAUUUCAAAGGUAAAUGUUACUGCUGAAAAUGUAGUAUCAGUAUCUGAGAACUUAACUGAUCUAGUGGUCAGCACUACUGAUGCUGCUGAUCAGAAUACUGAUAACAUUAGAACAGUGUCUGCCAUAUUGGACCAAACAGCAAUACUGCUAUCAAAUCCUAUGAUAAUCAUGAAUCUCUCAUCAUCACAAUUAUCAAUGACAACAGAAAAUACUGUGCAGAUACUUGACAGCAUAGAGGAAUGGUCACCAGCUGUAGUGGAGAUUGAGUCAAAUAACAUUAUCAAUUCUUUUGAGAGGAUCAUUGAUGCUUUAAUAAAUCAAGACAAUUUUACCAACGUAACAGUUGUGCAGAAUGACAUUGCUUUAAAAGGAGAAAGUUUUCAACAAGCAGUGUUUAAUGGAAUAGAAUUUACAGCAGCUUCUAUUGAUGACACAUUACAGGUUGAUACUCAGGUUGGACAAGACAAUACUAAUGGUUUGACCUCCAAUGAAAUAGCAUCAAUCAGAUUACCACAAAGCAUCAUAAGUAUCAUUGAGAAUGAUAGAAUUGAUUUAGCAUUCACACUAUACAAUAAAUCAGUAUUGUUUCCUAUCAGAGAGCCUCCCCCUAAUACAAUAGUGGGAUCAUCAGUUAUUGGUGCAAGAAUUGGUGGAGUAUCUGAUGGUACUAAACUACCUGAUCCAGUAGUUAUUAAUCUGGCACUGAGGAGAAUAGCAAAUAUUACUAACCCUCGCUGUGUGUAUUGGAAUUUCACUACAGCAGGUGGUAGGGGAAAUUGGUCUACUGAUGGAUGUAAUACGACAGUUAAUGCCACUACUAAUGAUCUCAGUUUCAUCAAUUGCCAUUGUGAUCAUCUAACAAACUUUGCUUGUCUUGUGGAUGUGGAUGUGUCUGCUACAACUAAUGGAGCUACUGAAGCUCCUCAAGAUUCCAAUCUUAUACUAAAAGUUGUAUCAAUAGUUGGUGUAUGUUUCUCAUUAGUGGGGCUAUUACUAACAAUUAUUACUUUUAUUAUAUUUAAGAAAUUAAGGGCGAGGGAAGCUAGCAAGUUUCACAUUCAACUCUGUCUCUCGAUAAUUUUCGGGUCAAUAGUAUUUAUUGUUGGUAUUGAUAGAGUAUCAGUGAGAGCUGGUUGUAUAACAGCUGGUGUUCUCAUGCAUUACUUUUCUCUUGUAUCUUAUAUUUGGAUGGGAGCUGAGGCUUUGCUAAUGUUUCAAAAACUAGUCAUUGUAUUCACAGACAUUACAUGGAAAUACUUAACUGCUGUUUCCAUUUUAUGCUGGACUUUGCCACUCUUGCCAGUUGUAAUCACAUUAGCAAUUGACCGUGACUUUUACAUUUUUUUAUAUGAAAAAGAUGAAAAUGGAAACCAGUCUGGAUUUUGUUUUAUUACUGAAAUGAUACCCUUUCUUGCUGCUUUUCUGCUUCCAAUUUUCAUCAUACUGAUCUUCAAUGUUAUUAUAUUUGUCCUCAUUAUUCGUGUGGUUAUCCUCCACACUAUUGGUAAGAAGAAGAGAAUGAAUAAAUCUCCACUUACCACAUCUGAUGCAAUCAAAAUGCUAAUAUUUUAUUUUGGUGUCUUGAUACUCUUUGGUCUCACGUGGUUCAUUGCUGUCCUCACGUACAUUAUUGAUCCUAACAUCCCAUACAUCAUUCGGCUCAUUUUUGCUUUCUUCAAUGGAUUUGAAGGUUUCUUUAUUUUCUUCUUUCUUGUUAUUCUAAGCAGUGACUCGAGAAAUGCUUGGAAAUCACUUCUCUGUCCUUGGACAGUGAGGGAUGGAACGGCAUCCAAAGUUGUUAAAAAUAAAACUUCAAAUAUUCAAGUUACGUUACCACAAGCCAAAAAUGAAGUGAGUCUAGUUUCGAUUAACAGGAAAGAUAAAGGAAAAGAUUUUGUUGAAAAUUUAUCAAUCGAAAGCGAAACAAUUCUUGAAGACAGUGGUUUUUCUAAUGAUGAUGAUUCCAUGAUUUCCAAGUCUGGUAGUAUUCGUUUUGAUUGUCAUUUUUCUACACGACGUAAACACAAUGUGGAAAAAAUUGAGAUAGACUUUACCCAUGGCGAUGAUGACAAUGGAGAUAUUUGAGACAUGAAAGAUUUUGAUUUGUUUGUUUUUCAUUCUCUAUUCUUAUUAUUUUUAUUAGAAACUGCUACUAAUGUGAAAUGCCUCAAGUUAUUGUUUUUAACUUUUACAUCUUUAUAAAUAGAUAAUACCUUCACUGUUUUAACUGUUAUCAUCAUCAUAAUUAU